AUGAUCGGCGAUGCCGCCCUCGCCGCGGGGUCUAAAUCCCGCCGCGUCGGCGAGAAAAUCCCCCUCCUCGGAGGCGCGGCGGGGAUUUCGAACACCGCCGAUUCGAGGCCCGCGCGGUCGACGAUCGCGCGCGCGCUCUUCGCGCUCGCGACGAUCGGCGCCGUCGUCGCGGUCAUCGUUCACGGCAACCCCCGUAUCGGGUUCGGCGGCGUCUCCCUCCUCGGCGACGUCGCGGACGCGGGUUCCGCGCCGGCGCCGCCGUGGCUCGGCGGCGCGGCGGAUCGCGAAGAUCCCGCGAGGCGCGCCGCGCGCGCGUCCACGUUCGGCGCCGACGUCGCGGACGCGCUCGAUCGCGCGUCCUCUCCCGCGGUCGUCGCGACCGUGACGUCGGCGCCGACCCUCCCCGGGCCCAGCUCGCGCUUCUCCGACCCGCAUUCGCACGCGCUUCGCGUCCUCGACGCGAACGGCGAGAGCGCGUGGCUCGGACGCCGCGACCACUCCGUGGAUCUCGCAAGCGCGGAUCACCCGCGUCACCGCGACGCGGGCCACGCGCUCGCGCCCCGCCUCGGCGACGCCGAUAACGCCGCGGCCGCGGCCGACCCGUUCGCGGAAUACUUCGAGGAGUCGUCGCGCGCGCCCGUCGGCGGAAGCUCCGCGAAGCUCGGCCGUCGGUUCACGGACGUCGACCGCUGCGUCGCCGCGUGUGACGAGAUGGGCCACGGUUGCGCCGGGUUCACGCUCACCGCGCGGUAUCUCUCGCACGGCGACUCCUGCGAGGAUUGCGGCGGGAAAUCCGGCGCUGAGCUCGAGGACUGCCAGAAGUGCGCGAACGCGAACGGUGAGCCGUUUUACAACAAGCAGUACCCGCGGUAUUGCACGCUCGUCGGGCGCGGGUACGGCUUGGAAGCCGCCGCGGAGUCGGAUUUUUAUCGCAAAAAGACCAAGCCCGAGGACGUGCACUUCGAGAUCGCGACCGGCGUCGCGGUCCCGCGCCCGGACGCGUUCGCGUGGAAAGCGUUCGAGGGCACUGACGUCGAAGAAGCGAAAAAGUUUUGCGCGCGGGACUCCCGGUGCGCGGGUUUUUACACCUGCGCGGAGGAGGCGUCGUGCGGAGCGGAUCUCGACGAGUACCACGCCGCCGCGCACGCGGACGCGUUUGCAAAGAACGGGCUGUUCUCGCAAAACCAAGACGAGGUGUCGAUCAUCUUACUCGUGGAGACUACGUCAGUCUCCGCGAUGGUCGAGGCGAAGAACGUGGUGACGUACACGCGGGGGAUGAAAACCUGCGGCGGCACGGCCAACGGUUUGCCGUGCCGGUUCCCGUUCACGACCGACCCGCUCUUCGUGAAAAAGCAGAUCGAGUUCUACGAGCCGACGAUUCACGGGAGCGACCGGCCGUGGUGCGAGACCACGUCUGGGUUGAAAGGAUACGUCGACUGCGAGGGUCAAGACCCGAUCGGCGCGAGGUUCGUCGCCGGAGAGUGGAGCGCAUGUCCCGUGACGUGCGGCGGCGGGUUGCAGACCAAGUCGCUCGAGUGCCGAUCGUCCCAGGGCGAGAAGCUGCCGCUUCAAGCGUGCGGCGCGCCGCCGGAGACGUCUCGCGUGUGCAACGCGCACUCGUGCAACCCCGGAUGCGAAGCACACUACGCAUACGACGAGGCGGACGACGUCUCGGAGAUCCGAGGCGAUGUCAACAAAAACAGCGGCCGCCUCCGUAAGCCCAUCUGCGGCGCGUACUACGAAGACCUCCGAUCGCAGCACCGAUCGAAGACGACGCAGCGCGCGGCGUGCGAAGAGUACGGCUGCUGUUGGUCCCCCUCCAGCGAAGUCGGCAACCAGUGCUACAAGUCCGCGACGCAGCCGGUGAACCCUCCGGGGUGCAAAUUUGGCUUUGAGGAUUUGUUCGCCGGCGGCGGCAACGCCACGAGCGAAGUUUCUCAGUGCGACGAUCGGUGCUGCCGCGGCGACGCGACUCACGGCAAGUGCGCGUACGCGCUCGGGUACGCGAACCCGAGCGCGCCGAACCCGUGCGGGAAGUACGAGUCCGAGGACUUUUCGCGCCUCGACUGGUUCCGAUUCGGACCAGACAAGAUGGCAAACUGCAAGUCCAUGAUCGAGACCUCGCGCGCGGAGUCCGCGCUCGAGUGCAAGGCGAAGUGCCGUCUGAACGGCCGAUGCAACACGAUCAACUUCCAAAAGCAGCAACAGGUCUGCGACCUCAUGUUUUGCAACAACAAAGAGGCGUUUAACACGCUGAGCACCGUCACCGGGUUUGACUCCUACCGGUGGUCGGCGGCGACGAAUUACCGCUGGAUCGUCGGCGAGUGGGGGGACUGCCGCGAAGGCGCGCUCAACCCCGACGGCACCGUCGCGUCCGACCCGGCGCUGACUCCCGUCGCCGUCGCGGAGGAAAACGAGAGCGACGUGGACGGCGGAAUCACGGUCUCGACGACGGAGCACACGGUGGAAGGUAAUCCCGAUCGACCGGAGAUGGUCGUGAAGCUCCCCACCGCGUCGUUGGUCGAGACCGGUUUCCGAGGCGACGUGUACCCCGACGACGACGAACGCAGACAUGGCGCGUGCAGACACAGGUGCCUGCCCGACGCGAUCACGACGCCUCUGGCGGACGUCGUGCCCGUGCACGCGGAUCUCAUGGGCACGCACCUGAACGGUCACGACAGCACCGAGUUCGCGGUCCUCGAAGAUCACUCGACGCGAGGGCACAGUCCGUACGUCAAGUACAUCACCGGUGGGACGUUCGAUGAUGCGCGCACGUGCAACUUCGUGACGUUUAUGAUCAGGCCGAAAGGCGGCGUUCACGUGUACGAGAACGGCGGCUGGAUAAACGCGUAUAAAGAGCUUGAUCUCGUCGUAAACGAAGCUGGAAUGGUGUCGUUGAUGCGAAGCGGAGACGGUUACGAUGACUUAACGUGCGACGCUGCCGGUUUGAAAGCAGUUUACCGCAAAAACCGCAUGUUUGGCGCAGUCGCCGUCGCGAUGACGCCGUCCGACGGCCUCACCGCGGCCUCGCUCGCGAUGGGAAUCCGGUCGUUGACGUUCGCGAAGCCAAAGACCGCCCCUGCGCUGGGUAACCAAGACGACGUCGGCUUCGUGCCGUGGCGCGAAGCGUCCACGGACAACUUCCUGAGACACAACGAGUGUUCUCUGAUGAAGACGCGCGAAGUGACGUGCGUGGAUCAAAACGAUGACCCCACCGACGAUAACCACUGCGCGACGUUGUUCAAAGGCAAACCCCCGUUCGCGCAAAGGUGCUUCGGCGCGUGCGGGAUCACGAACCGCUCGUGCGAGGAGUUGAACUGGGAGCUCACCGGUAUGUGCCACGGCCCGUGCCGAGGCGCGGCCGCGGAUUACAAAACCUGCGGCUCCGGCGCGAUCGGAGGGAAACAACCGAACGGAUGCUGGGACGACGAAAAGAUUACCAUCGAGGAGGCGGAGGAGCACUGCGAGGCUGCCGGCACGCGUCUAUGCACGCUCGAGGAAUCCGCGAAGGGAAUCAUGAACGCGGCGAAGAAUUGGAACGGCAACGCCCCGGUUCAAUGCAAAGGAUACUAUCACUGGACCUCCACGCGAUGCGACGACGGCAAGGGAUUCUUUGUCUCCAGCGCAUCUUACGGGCACGGCGUGAGCGACAAUCGAUGCGUCUCGCCGAACGCCACGUUCGUCCCCGCGUGUUGCGCGAACUACAAGAUCCUUCCCAUCUUUGAAGAGCGCUUCACGCACGCGUGGCGGGAUAAGAUGGAGCUGAAGCUCGGCGAUUUCAACUACUGCAACAAUGAAAGAGGGUACUGUCAAGUCGGCGAAGGUCACACCACCGUCCAAUACAGCGGAUGCGUGCAAGGAAGCAUGACGGCGGAAAACGCAGGACCCAAGUACGGUUUCAUGCCGGGGAUCGGCGUGUGCAUCCCGCAGUACAACCGGCACCAAAUUUCGUUCUCCCCGCGGAGCAUAUUCAAAGGCGUGCCCACGGACAUUGUCUUCAACGAAGCCGGAAACAUGAAGCUGCCCGAGAAGGCGAUCGUUCGCGUCGUCGGCGGCUUGAAUCCCGGGUGUUUAGGCGUCGAGGACGGCACCGCUCAGAUUCUCGCGGAAACUUCGUUGGGACGAGCUGGCGGGCACCGAGUCUGGCGCGGAGAGGUGCGCCAUAACGAGCGCGACUAUGCAUUCCACCAUCGAUAUGACAAGGAGCAGCUCAACGACACGCAGCCGUACAUGAAAUGGGAUGACCUCGUGUUGGACUCCUUCCUCGCCAUGGACGACGCGCCUUUCGAGAACGUCUUCAACCACAUGUGCAUGUGCGACUCGAGCGAGGACUGCACGGUGGCGAGAAAUUGGCACGAUCUCGGACGUUUCGUCGUGGACCCGGAGUAUUUCAAGUUCAAGCAACCGAACUACAUCACGGAGGCCACGGCGAACACGGGCCGAUACACGUCGGGGAAGAACAUGCUCGCCGUGGGCGGUGACUUGUUCGAGGCGUACACGACGGAAGAUCUGAAGAAGGACUACCCUGACUUUGACACUUGGACGUGGGGUAAUCAACCCCACUUCCAAUACAAAGACGCGGUCAUCGCUCAGUAUGCGAUUCUCAACGAGUGGUGCGCGUCGCGCUGCCGCCAGAACCCUAAUUGCAUGGGCUUCGAGUACUCGUUCCAGUGGGGCGGCGCGGAGGACUGGUGCCGACUUCGGAACUGGGAAGCGAAGAUUAUCAAAACUGGCGGAUACCGCCACAACAACAGGCACAACUUCCAAGCGCGCAAAGACAUGCUCAUGUCGGAUUACUACUGGUUCCCGACCCUGAACUACACGAACGCGGCGACGCUCAAGUGGAUGAACCCCAACCGACGGGGACCGAACGGUGACCACAACGAUGGACCCAUCGGCCUCACCCCGGACACGAACCCGGAGUUUACGGACAUCCCGCCCAUGGCCGAGCUCUCCCUUGAGAGCGUCAGGGACGUCAUGCACCGCAAAUCCGAUUACAUCAACGGUAACGGAGGCUUCAAGGUGCACAGCGGCGACGGACGCAUUCUCGCGAACACCCUUUGGAACGACUGGAGAGGCAACACGCACCCGCAACACGCGGACAGAGGACGGCAUCUCAGCUCCGGGUUCAACGCCGUGCGUUGGACGGAUCCGUGGCGACCGCCGGUGCCCGUGGACGCCUCGGACGCGAGCGCGGGCAGUUUCUUCGAGGGCGGCGUGUACAUGCAGCACCCGCGACGGACGUGCGGCGGCAACAGCAACGGCGCUCCGUGUUCCGGACAGUGGUCACAAGACCGCGAAGACGCGGAUCUCGUCAACCCGCCGUGUCAUAAAGUGGACGCUCACGACCGACCGAUCUGCUACACGAAGAAGAACAGUUUCGAGUUUUGGGGCCACUGCGACUGCGAGGAGAAGGCGGAGACGGACUGGACGCGGCCGUUCGCGCGUCACGAGACGUUUCACAACGCCGCGUCCCGCGGCGGCGACGUCGUGCUCUUGACCGACGCCGUCCCCGGUCCGGUCACGCACCUGCAUUGCUUCUCCGACAACUACGGCCGUCACGACGACGUGUGCGACUUUGGAAUCAACACGACGAUGUGCUUGCACUCUGAAACGUACGGCGAGUACGUCCCGCUCGCGCGAGGACCGGCGACUGACGUCGAAGUCAGGUGCCCGCCCGGCGAGGUCCUCACCGGAUUCGCGCUCUUCGGGAAGGACGGAAAGAUGGACUGGUCGCGCGAGGACAACGAGGACGCGGGGAUUCAGCCCAGGUGCGGGACGCCUUCCGGAUGGAAACUCGUGGACAACGCCACCUCGGUCACGGACACGCUCGUGUGCGAUCGCGCCUCCGGCGAAAACUGCCACGACGGCGGCGGCGCCCUGUACAACAACGCGUGGACCGCUUGCCCGGCUGGGCACGUCGCCGUCGGCUUCAGCACGGGAUAUCAAAAGAAAGAGAUCGCGCGCAAACCGAAAAACGCGCUGAUGUGCCAGCCUUACGUCACCGUCGACGCGCACCCAGAGGCCUUCGCGCGAUCCUGCAAAAAAAUGGACUGCGACGCGUCGUCGCCGCCCGCGGAGGACCCCGCCGCGACGACCGAGGAGGCGUGCGUCGACGCGUGCGCGGCCAAGCCGUUGUCGCAGUGCGCCGCCGCGGAGUUCACGCCUGAGGGCAAGUGCCUCAUCCACGCGAAGGCGUGCGUCGAGAGCGUCGCCGCGCCGUUUGGCGUCGCGAAGCGCGCGAACGCGCCGAAGCCGUACGAGACGAUCGGCGCGAGAGCGGUGUUCACGCCCGUCGAGUUUGAACACCCGGUGACGCGGGGCGAGCUCGAGACGUACAAGGUAUCGAACGUUCCGAGUUCGUACUUUGAACGCGACGGCGCGUUCGCGUACUUUGGCACGCCAUGGAGCGUGUGCGAUAAGUCGUGCGGCGUCGGCGUGCAAACGCGAACGGUGUAUUGCGCGUCGAUGCGGAACGCGUCCGUCUCCGCCGCCGUGGACGAGAAAAACUGCGAGCUCGAGGAGAAAAUCCCGGACACGCAGCACUGCAACAAGCGUCACUGCGAGAAGCAGUGCGCGCAAGACGUCGGGCGGAGGGAGUGCGCGCGGUUCAAGCAGAACCCGCUUCGGAACUCGUUCUCGCCGAUGAUUCGCCAGGGGGCCUGCGAGGCGGCGGGCUGCUGCUUCCUCGCGGAUCCGUCGCCAGAUCCCGGGACGCCGCCCGAGCCGGAGUGUUACGAGCAAGUGGAACUCGACUCCCCGGAGUGGAUCGUUUCGCCGUUCGGCGAGUGCGCCGCUGAGUGCAGCCCGACGCUCGGAGGGAACGAUUUCAAACAUCUAACGCAACGACGCAAAUCGUACUGCUCGUACGUCAACGGAUCCGCCGCGGAUAGAAACGAGUGCGUCGAGCGCCCGGUGCUGCACCAGAAUUGCAACAACCACGACGCGUGCGAUCACAAUUACGAGCAGAAGAAAACCGCAUGCGGCCCGCACGGCAAGCUCGAGCGCUUGUACAGAACGAAGGACACUUCGAAAUACGACCUCGUGUGCAACUGCUACGACGGGUGGACGAACAACGCGGACAGGACGUGCAUUCACAACCAGGGGUGCUUCUACCCGUGCGACGUUCGCAAGACCUGCGCCGAAGGCGAGUGGGUGACGGGCGAGUGGAGCGCGUGCACCGCGAAGACGUCGAUGUCCGGUUCUGUCACCGCGCGCACGCGCGACGUGUCGUGCGGGUGCUACGACACGUGCGACGAAGCGACGAAGCCGGCGACGUCCGAGAUGUGCGACGCGCCCGUUUCCGCGGUCCAGACGGCGUCCUCGACGGGCGACGUUUUGCCGGAAUCUUUCGAGGCGUCGUCGCUCGCGCAUUUCGAACAAGAUUUCGUCGUGUACGAUUUCCGAAAGAUCGGCGCCGUGGACAAGACGCAGACUGCGUCCGUCGUCUCGUGCGUGUCGAUGUGCGCGGGGAAGCCCAGGUGCCCCGGCGUCGUCUACAGCGGCGUCGCGUCCGGCGGGAACUGCGGCAUCAUCUCGAUCCAGGCGUUUAUCACGACGAAGAUGACGCGCUCGGAAUCCUCGCACUUGAUCUUGCGCAGGGAAAUCAUCGGCACGUCCAACCCUCAGCCCGAGCUCGCGAAACUCGUCGCGGAGAGCGACGGCGAGUGGACGUCCAAACUCGCGGAGGAGGUUGUCUCAACGAACGAAGUCCUCACGAAGAGGAAGACGCCGCUCGCGCUCACGGAUCCGAUUUGGUCUUGGAUCAACUCCGUGAAUCGAAAAUCCGUCGCGGCGGACGCGGAGAACGAACUCACGAAGACGGUGCCUCUGCGAAAGUCGAUGUACUCGCUGUCAUUCCCGACGCACCCGAACGUCAUCAAGCACGCGCGGUACUUGAAAAAUUUCCUCCAAGCGCGGUCGCACGACGUCGACGCGCUCGGCGAUUUGAUUCUCGGCACGGCGUACAAGCAUCGCGACUUGGAUUGGAUCGUGAACAGCACGGACGCGAACAUAGACGCGGCGCACUCCACGGAGACGUUCCGCGAUCGGUGCACGUUCAGCGGAUUCUUGCGCACGCAUCACGGGAAGAAGUACAUGCCGUCCCCGGACACGAGGGAAGCGUCCCCCGCGCCCGCGCACGCGAUCGACUACCUGCUCAACAAGAAACGCGCGCACGGCAAAGAUUUAGCGUCGCCGAUUUCGGACGCGCCCUGGCCGAUCGUCGUCGGAUUGAACACGCCUCAGUUCCCCGCGGGCGAGUGCGACUGGGCGUGGAGCCGCUUGCAGGGCAAGCCGGAGCUGUCGAAGGAUUCGUGGACGAACUCCUCCGGGCUCGUCACGAAGUGGCCGCACUACGGCCUCGGAUACACGAAAAACAAGGUGAUCUGCAAGGCUUCGAACUGGCAUCACAACUCCCUGCCGCGUGUCGCCGAGGACGGCGGUCUUUGCGGCAGACUGGCGUACAUGCACAUCGGCACGAGCAGCUGCAUGGGCACGCCGUCGCAGAUGGUCGGACAACCCCAGCACGCGGCGGCGAUCACGUACGAGUCGAAGUCGGAUGGGAAGCGGUGGACGAUGGGUAAGUUCUCCUGGAUAUUCCCCGCGUAUUGGACGACGUCUUCGAACGGCGUGCCCACGGAUAACUUGGGCGGAUCGAAUAAACUGAAGGACGGGAGCGUGGACUACAUGGCUGCGAUUCCCAACGGCGUCAACGUCGGCUUGGAUUCCUACGUCGACGUUCGCCUCGCGAUGCUGCUCUUCCGAACUGUGUACUCGAACGAAGGGUCGCGAUCGCUUCAAAAAGUCGCGUCGCUUCUCCUCAGCGCGCUAAAGAAGAACCCGCACAACAUCGAAGCGUGGGAGCUUUUAAUCACGCACUUCAAGCUGCGGACGAUUCGCGACGCGGGGAUGAUGCGCGAGGCAUACGACGUGUUCAAGCCAUACGCGAAGGAGUACGAAAAGACGUACGAGUACUUCCUCGGCGCCAUCGCCGCGACGUACGACUGCAAGUCUGCGAAUUCCACCACCAUGCAGUGGCUCGAAGCGCAGAUCGAGGAGAUGGCGCCCAACUGCGGCGACGCCGGCAAGCAUUUAUCUUUGAUGAACAGCGUCCGCGAGUGCUACGUUCAAAAACACGGCACCGGCGUCGAGAUGGUGAAGCACCUGUUCGAGCCGACGCUCUUGAAGCUCGCCUGGGGCGACUGCGACGACGCGCAACUCGUGAAGCGCACGAACCUCAACGUCAACCCGGGCCCGGUCGCCGCGAGGGGGAUGGUCGCCGCGAUGGCGCUGUUGUUCGGUCAGGGCGAGAAGGGCGAGAACGGCGCCCUGGACGCAAUUGGCAUCGCGGGCGACGACUACAAGGCUGUGUUCGACUACCUUGUCGAGCUCGAGAAGAAGUGGCCGCUCGGGAAGAUCAGCGCGAAGAUCCCCACGGAUUGCUCGUACGGCGACGGCCUCGGCGCGUCCAUGCUCGCGGGCUCGACGCUCGCGAUUUGGAAGACGUCCGGGAAGAUGUUGAUGCACCCGCAAUACAAACCACUCGCGCAGGUUUUGAUGCGAUACGCGAUGAUGACGGGGCAGUGGAACACCGUCGCCUCGGCGCUCGCCGUGGAGGCGCAAGACAAGUUGCGUCACCCCGGCCCGCUUCGCGCGGCGGGUCGUCUCACCGGAAGCUCGAAGGACUACCAGCAGUUCAUCACGUGCACGGGAUACGUGGACACCUCCGACGUCGCCGCAUUGGGAGACGCCGCCGAUCACGAUCGCGAUCGCGAUCACCACCGAUCCCCGGUGUUCACGAAACACGGCGUCGACCUGACGUACGCGCCCGCGCUGGCGCUGCACGCCGCGAAGCUCGGGGUGACGCGGGAGGACGCGCGCGACGCGAAACUCGGGGAAGCGAGCGUGUGCGCGUUUACGAACGCCAAAACGACGUGCGAGAACGUGGGCCAGCCGUGCACCGCGGUGGCCGCGUUUUACGACGGCGCGCGGACGUGCCGCGAAUGGUGCGCGAAGCAAACGCCGAGCUUGGCGUGCGUCGCGUCGUACACGGACAACGGGAACUCGUGCAGCAAGGGUUCCCACGAUCUAGGGUGCGAUCACCGACCGCACAGCAGCGAUGACAUCUGCGAGUGUGAACCCGUGGGUCCCCCGCCAACCUGGGAGGCGGCGGGGAACGCCUCCGAGACGGCGAGCGAGACGGAAAAAGUCGCGCACGCGCUCCUCGAGGAGGUUCGAAAGCAAAUCGACGCGGCGUACGCCGAGGCGGGAGGCAACGCGACGACCGGCGUCCUUCCUUUCAAACUCGGCACGUUCACGUUCGGCGGCGAUCAUCCUUUCCAACGGUGCGUCGCGGACGCGGCGCGCGACGGACUCUUGCGCUGCCCGAACAAAGACAGGCUGCGAGACGGCCAAGACUCGAUCGACGACGCCGACGGCGAACGCUUCGAAAUUUUCAACGCGCGCGGCUGGAAAACCGACGCCGCAGUCGACGACAUCGUGUACUACAUCCGAAGCGCGAAGACCGGAAUGUACUGCUCCUCGUCUGGCGCGUCAAUCAAGUGCGACGCGCGGGAACCGGGGAUGAGGGAAGAGUUUGAGAUUUCAAACGUGCACCGUCACCGCACGCCUUUCGGCGUCGCCUCCGCGGGGGACCAACACGUGAUCAAGCCCAAGAUUCUCGAGGCGUCGAGCGGCAGAGCCCGCGUCUGCAAAGAAACCUCGGGCAACGGCUUCGAGUGCAUCUCAGAGCACUACGGGCAUCGCGAACGCUUCAGGUUCGCGCUCGCCGAAGCGUCGACGCCCGCCGAUGCCGCGGCGACGGCGGCGGCGACGGCGCGCGAGGCGGAGGUCACGGCCGCCGUCGACGCCGCGGACGCCGCGCGCGCCACCGCGCUCAAGCUCGCCACCGCGCUCGAAACCGCCGCCGCAGAUGCGAACGCCAAGGAAACGAACGUCGCGUACGCGCUCGACGCGUCGUCCUCCGCGGAGGCGUGGCAAGCCGCGCGCGACGCCGAGUUGGGCGGCGAAGGCGUCCAAGGCGAAGAAGGAACCCUCGUGCGAGACGUCAACGGCGACCGUCCGGAGAUGUACGCCACGCGAGGCGUGCACCACGACACGUUCGCAUUCAACGUCUCGAUGUUCGAGGGGUUGUGCGACGAAGGGUGCGUCGCGUGCGACGACGUCGGCAUGACAUGCUUCGAGUGCGACGUCGGGUACGCGCUGAACGAGGACCUCGGCGCGUGCGCGAAGACGAGCAACUUUUCGGACGCCGCGCCCAAGGCGGAGACGCGCGCCGUGGAGGACGUGGUCAUCCCGCCGAGGUUUACUCCCGACGACGCGCAGUUAUACCCGAACGUUACCACGGAGUUGACGGAGGUUUCCUCCGACGUCCCCGUCGCGCAUCCGGAAGGCGAAGACAUGUCUGAGUCGGCACGCAUCGAUUUCGAGCGCGCGCGCAACCUCCGCGGCUGUGAGCUCACGUGCGAAGGCUACGGGUACGACGCGGCGACGUGCGACGGCAUCGAAGGGUGCUGGUUCGAAGAGAACCCAGCGAGCGAGCGUUUCGGGGAGUGCGUCAGCGCCGUUGGGCCGAACCUGUGCGACUGCGCGUCGCGUGAGGGCGGGUGCGUCCGCGUCGACGCGCCGUCCGCCGCCGACGUGGCGGGCGCGACCGUCUCCGAGGUUUCCGCGCGCGCGGGCGAGUCCGCGUACGUGAGCGCUUUCGCCGAGGACGCGUCGGGUGGUUUGAACGCGUCGGAAUCCGCCGCGGGCGGCGGAUCUUUCGACGACGUCUCGGACGCGCCCGCGCCCGUCGCGGAGACGACGACGGAGGCGAAGUCUUCGAUGACGCGUCUCGCGGAGGACGCGGCGUCCGUCGCGAACGCCGCGGCGGAGGCGGACGUCGAGCGCGAAGAGAUCGAGGCGCAGGCGACCGCGGAAAGCCGCCGAAGGCGGUGA